AUGGCCGUUGCACGCUCCAUGCGCCGCACGAGCCCAGUCAGCCUCCUGUUGGCAGCGCUGCUGGCAUUUGGCUUCAUAUGCUUCAUGCUCUCACCCUCGACACCCGCAUCCUCCGCAUCCGCAGCCGUAAGCUCCCAGCAACGCCAGGAAAAUGCCGCCGAGCACCCUCUCUCCUCCCCCACAAAGCCAUUCUUCAAAUCGCAACCAAUCCGGAGCGAUGGCUAUAAGGCGGCUCCUCCAGUCGUCCAAUACGACCUCAACAACCUAACCAGCAGCGCGGACUCAGUCGCCAACGGCGAGCGGGUCCUCAUCCUCACCCCGCUCGCGCGCUUCUACCAGGAAUACUGGGACAACAUCGUCAAACUGAGCUAUCCCCACGAGUUGAUCUCGCUCGGAUUCAUCGCACCGAAAACAAGUGACGGCAACGCGGCAGUUGCGGCUCUAGAGAAAGCUAUUGCCAAGACGCAAUCGGGGCCAAUCGACAACCGCUUUGCGAGCAUUAGCAUCCUCCGCCAAGACUUCGAUCCACCAUUGAAAUCCCAAGAUGAGAAGGCCCGACAUGCAAUGUCCGCGCAGAAGGAGCGUCGCGAGUCCAUGAGCCGGGCUCGGAACAGUCUCGUCUUCACAACGCUCGGGCCCUCCACUUCCUGGGUUCUCUGGCUGGAUAGUGACGUUGUCGAGACGCCGGCGUCGCUCAUUCAGGACCUAACAUCGUUCGAUCAGCCGGUGAUUGUGCCGAACUGUUUCCAGCGCUUCUACGAUGCUGCGAAGAAGAAGUGGGAUAUCAGGCCCUAUGACUUCAACUCUUGGGUUGAUAGCCAGAUAGCGCAGAACCUCGCCGCAAACAUGGGCCCUGAUGAGAUUCUGCUCGAGGGAUAUGCGGAGAUGCCUACUUAUCGCACUCUCAUGGCGUACCUGCCAGAUAUGACAAACCUUGAUCCGAAGAAGAUGCUUGCUCUCGACGGUGUUGGUGGUACUGCUUUGUUAGUCAAGGCCGAUGUACACCGUGACGGAGCUAUGUUCCCGGCCUUCCCAUUCUACCAUUUGGUAGAGACAGAGGGCUUUGCGAAGAUGGCUCGGCGAUUGGGGUACGAGGUCAUCGGACUUCCGGAUUACUUCGUCUACCAUUAUAACGAGUAA